UUAUUACUUUUGAUUCUGUGUAAACACACACCACUCUCUCUCUCUCUCUCUCUCUGUAAAACCAACUUCGUCUCUCUACCGUGUUUUCAUUUUUAAUUUUUUUUGGGGUUUGGGGGUGGUGUCAUUGAAGAGUCCGCUAAGGGUUGGGGCAUCUUCUUCUCUUUCAUGCCUUUUAUGUGUUUGCGUUAAUUACACCCCCCCACAUACGCGACCCACCACAUACAUUCAUUUCUUUCUCUCUCUCUCUCUCUCUCUCUCUCUCUCUCCAUAACCCCCCUCUCUUCUUCUUCUUUUCUUAUUCUUCAUCAUCUCUAUCUAUACAUACCCAUCUACAUCUCUCUAUCUCUCUCUCUGUGUUCCCCAUAUAUCUAUCUAUCUAUCUGUAUUUAUCAUAUCAAUAUCAUCUGUAUCAAUGGCUGUUCAAGCUCAAUAUCCAUCAAAUGUUCUCCUCCUAAACAGAAGCGUACAGGAGGGAAAGAACCAACUUGGAAAUGACUAUUCGUUGCAGCCACAACCAGGCGGACGAGGAGGAGGAUUUCUUGAUCAAUCCCACAUGAUAUUCGCCAAUGGAGCGGGUGGUACUAAUCCACGAAAGAGAGGAAGAGAAAUCACUGCAACAACAACAUCGCCUUUCAAUCCCUGCUUCUCUAUCCAAUCUCAAUCCCCUCAGCUCAUUGACCUCACUCAGCUUCACACCCAUCAAAUUCAAUCCCCUAAUGUUGUCUCCACCGGUCUCCGAUUAGCUUUCGAAGAUCAACAACAACAACAAUUACAACCACAACAACAACAACAACAACAAAGAACUCUCUCUCCUCAAUCCUCUGUUCUAUCAUCGCUCUUAUCAGAAGAUUUCGCAACCCAAAUCAGACAACAGAGAGACGAAAUCCAACAAUUCCUUCAAGCCCAGGGAGAGCAUCUGCGGCGCACAUUAGCAGAGAAGAGGCAGACACACUACCGUGCGCUUCUCGGCGCGGCGGAGGAGUCGGUGGCUCGGAGGCUGAGGGAGAAGGAGGCGGAGGUGGAGAAGGCGGCGCGGCGCAACGCCGAGCUAUCUGCUAGGGCGGCGCAGCUGAGCGCGGAGGCGCAGGCGUGGCAGGCUCGGGCGAGGGCGCAGGAGGCCACUGCUGCGGCGCUGCAGGAGCAGCUUCAGCAGGCCAUAAUGAGCGGCGGCGGAGAGGAGAGGGGAGAGGAGAUGGGAUGCUCCGGCGGAGGAGAGGCGGAGGACGCCGAGUCGGCGUACAUUGACCCGGACCGAGUGGUGGAGACGAGUGGACCGAGUUGCAAGGUUUGUCGGCGGCGAGUCGCCUCGGUCGUUGUGUUGCCGUGUCGUCACCUUUGUCUAUGUUCAGAAUGUGGUGCUCUGGCCCAAGCGUGCCCUCUCUGUCUCUCCUUCAGAGAGUCCACUAUUGAGGUCUUCCUUUCUUAAAAGGGGCCCAACACCAAUUCAGGCCCAAUGUCAUGAGGUGGGACUAGCCAAGAGGGUAAUGGAGUUGAUGAAAAAAUAAGUAAAAAUCAAAAUCAAAACAAUAUUGGUUUAAUAAAAAUCUUCUCUUCUUUCUCUCUCUCUCUCUCUCUCUCUCUCUCUCUCUCUCUUGUUUUUCUUUUUGGGUAGUUUCUUGGGGAUUAUGUACAUGGCCACAACGAUGGCGGCAUUGGUUUUUGUUUUUUUAUAAAUUUAAUUGAUACAUAAAUUCUUUUAUUUGAUGAUUUCUUGCCCCUA